AGAUAAGAUAGAAUUUGGUCCUAGCCUACACAACACUGUUACUUGUCAACAGUCUACAGUCUAGUACAUGACAGGUGUCGCUGAUAGUAAUUGUUUGGUGUUUGCGGCUUGCAGUUCCCCAGCCGCCCAGGUCCCCACACUGGGCCACAGGAGAAGCAACUAAAAUUACUUUAUAAUAUUAGCUGGAUCAGUUUCGUCCGCGCAGGCUUGUUUGAUUACUUUAGACUGUGAGCUAUGGCUGCUCCAGGUACAAAAGGUGCUGAUGCUGCUCCGAAACUCAAGAAGCUGAAGAAAAAGAAUGCGUACACACUGUUUUGUGACGACCAGAAGCCUCGGUUCAAGAAGAAUGGAUUUUGGGAUGGCACGCAACCACAUAUUAUUCAGCUUUGCCAACACGACUGGAAGGCCUUACCAGAAUCAGAGAAAGAGCUGUAUAAAGAGAGAGCCAAGAGCGCACCGGUGUCUUAUGUACCGAUUGUUUGCGAUGACUCGACACAGAUUGGAAAGAACGACCACCGUAUGGACUCCACUGGCAAGCUGCUUGUCGAUCGUGUCAAUCCCCUUGAGGAACUCAGUAAACGGCGUGUGAAAGAACUGGCGCACAUCCGCAAGCACCUGCAACCAGGCUGUGAUAUGCGUGACCAGAAGUUUCUGUUCAUUUCCUUCAUUCCACUGGUGGAGAUUGAUGAAAUAUGGUACCCGUGUGAGCUGUGCAUCGUUGAGUUUUCUCUGGGAGGUGGCAUCCACGAGACCUACCAUGAGUUUGUUCACCCCGGGAGGCUUCCAGUGGGUUCAAAGGCAAAAGUGAAGGAUGCAAGCGAGGAGAGUCAUAAAGUUCCUACUUUUGGUUUUGACAGGUAUGAAGAGAACUAUCAGAAGAUCUGGGAUAGGAUUGUGCAGCUUUCCUCGGUGUCUAAGUUUGACCAGCCCGACAACACCUACCUGCGGCCCCUUUACAGUGGGGCCUUGUCUGCUCAGUGUGUGGAGCAGCUCGUUGGCUACGUCGCACAGAACGCUGGCGUUCCGAAUCGUUUAAAGGAGAAAAUCUUCGAAGUGGAAUCACUAUGCUCGGUAUUAGGUGACCAUGCCGCAGACAUCUCUGGUGGCGAAAAGUACCGCAUGCCGCUGCAGGUGACUGAGAAGUGCAUUGAUCAUGCCAGCACAGCAUACGACUCUUCAAUUUUUAGGUGUUCCUUUCACAGAGAGAUUGACGGCGUGUGCGACUGUGCUAUGAUUGGAGCUAAGAAAUUUGGGUACAUGCUGGCUGAGAGGCUCUGCCCAGCUUUCGGCGUCGAUCUCACGGAGAGUCAUCUUCCCAACCUGGGUCAGGGUGGUUUUACCACGUCCUCCUUUCCCUUAUUGCCGGUGUCGCCCUUCCAUUCAUCUCCACAUCAUCAGCAGCAGCAGCGACAUCACAAUACAUCACAGCAGCGUGCACCGUCUACGUUUGCCCCGUCACGCUCCCAACAACUAGCUGGCCAGCAGCAGCUUGUUGAUAGCGUUCGGCCCACGCCUCCCGCUGGAAGAGGUGGCGGUCGUGGAGCCGUGCCCAGCACAGCUGCUCCUGGCACUCGUUCUUGGCCAGCUGCUUCCUCUUCAGGUCCUCCUCCUGGAGGUAUGGCAUCAUCACCUUCACUUUCAGGGGCGCCAGCACAGACCAGACCACCCGGUACGACACGGCCCCCGGGUACAGCCGCGUGGGCUGCUCCGCCAGCCGGUCCUAGCGCCGCUGCCUCAUCCUCUGCUUACCACGCUGGACCCAGUGCAAGUACACAUAGUGUUGCUGCUGCUGCCAAUGCACGUGUCAAUGCGUCUAAUGCACAGUUUGCUGCUCUGGAUGUAAGAGAGCUGGAGAAACAGUUCUCUGCAGUGGACGUUGGAGGCCUUGAGCAGACCCCAGCUAAUGGCUCCAGCGGCUGGUCUAGCACUCCCAGCGUUGCUCCGGCUUCUUCCAGGGCACCAGCAGGAUCAGGAGCAACAGCAACAUCAGUGCGACCUCCCCGUGGUGCCGUGCGGCCACCCGACACAGGCGCCACAUGGGGUUCUAGUGCAAUGACGUCCCCUGCAGAGCAUUCUGCUGUUGGCCAGGAUAUGUCUGAUACUGGAGUUCCUCCUGCUGACGCCGGCGGCUGGGAAGUUGUGGAUACUCGCCGACCGAAGCGGGACAUCGGCCGCGGUCGUGGAGUCCGAGCAGGUCCAGCUCAGCCUCUGCGCAGGCCACACGGCAUCAAAACCCCACAAGUCUAAUCUCUGUACCGUUGUGACGGCUUUGCGAGUGACCCAUCUGUCCAGCCACCUGGCAUGUCUGUUCACAUGCCUACGCACUAUGCUGACCGCUGCCUACAAUCCAUGCAGCCAGCACAACCCGGCUCUCAACAUGCACAAAUUGCUGCCAGGCGUGCAGCUAACAGUUAGUGCUAGUACCUCCCACAGCACUGAGUGCUGCUUUUAGAGAGUUUUUUUUAAAUCUGGUUCAAUGCCUUGCCAUUGCUAAUAACUUCUCUACGGCCCGUUUUAUUUUGUGUGCGUGCGUCAAGCGCUGUCUGAAUAGUCAAUACCACCGUUACAGCUGCACUGCUGCUGUUUUGAUCAUUUGUACCAUCCUGUCAAUGUUUGUUUUAUCAACUGUGUGUGCCUAGGUUAGAGGACAGUGGUGAGUAGUGCGAGCUGGCACAGUGGCAGUGGUAACACUUGUGCGUGUGUGUGCGCGCGCGCGCGCGCGUGUGUGGCAUGCCGCUGCUGCUGCAUAGUGUGAACGCGCUGAACUGUCCGGGCAUGCAGUAGCUGCCACGUUGUCUAGUUCUGAACUGUGGACACUGCCGACUGCACUGGUGUGACAAUUGUGUGCAAGUCAUCAUGUGUCCACCACUGUUUGCAAUUCGUAUUUCCUUGUGUCCUGGGCCCGACGUCACUAGGCUGGUGAUCUUCCUCGUCUUGUCUGUCUGCUGAGCGUGUGCUGUUGAAAGGUGAUUAUGAUCCUGCGAUUUAAUUUCCACUAGUCUCUUACUUUUCAAUCUGUUGUCCCGUGCUUUCAACUAUUUUAGUUGCUUUAAUAGGCAUUUGUCCUACUUUCAGCGGUGCUGGAUUGAUUGAGUUCCACCCGCUCGUGUGCUUGUGUAUGUUCCAUGGCUUUCUGGCCUGGUUACGAUCCUCGAAAGUCUGGUAACACGAGUACAGAAUAAACGUUGCGACAGAG